CGCAUGCGCUGCUCUGUCAUACGUGCACCAGUGCUGGAGUAAUCUACAGUGUGCUGAGGCGAAGUCGCGGUCGAGGUUGACACAUUUAUAAUGUUUUGCUGAAGCCGGUGGCGUAUUUCUGCUCUUCAGUCCAAGCCUCAGAAUCAUGCUGCGCGUGUGCUGGAAAGGGGCGCGUGCGGCGGCGCGGCAAUGUGUGUGUGGUAAAGCGUCGGCCCAUCCGUUACAGCACUGCCGCAGAUACACCACAGCUGGAGACUCUGGAUCUUCUGCUGGGAAAAUAGUGGCCGCUAGUCUUUUGACGGUCGGCGGCGGUGUUGGCGGUACGAUCCUUUAUGCCAAGUGGGAUCCGAAGUUUCGGGCAAAUGUAGAGAAGAGCGUUCCUUACUCUGAUCAGGUGUUUGAGAUGGUGCUUGGGCCGCCACCUUCUCCACCUGUCCCUUUACAGAAGAAACCGGUAAAGAUCGAACCCCUGCAGAUCUCCUCACUGUCAGAAACUACGAAGGAGUCCAAGCAGCCCAAAGCUAAAGCCAAGAAGUCUGAUCCAGCACCUGUGGAAGCUCCGCCGGCUGUAGAGGAAGCGCCAGCACAGACGCUCCAGGAAGCCUCAGCAGAGGCCGCUCACAUUAUUUCGGCUAUCAGCGACGUGCCCUCUGUGCCCGCGCCGGGUACGAGCGACGACGGCCCAGCGGACCACACGCCGGCAGCUGAAGAGUGUCAUCCUGAGCCGGCGCUGACGGAGAGGCCUGCGGAGGAAGUGAGCGCUCGACUGGCGCAGCAGGAUAAGGCGGAGCAGGAUGCGCUGGCAGCUCUGACUGCUGGACUGGAGGAGACUCUGGGCAGCUCCGCUAAGAUCACCCUGCAGGCCAUCGGAGCGCAGGAGGUUGCGCUGACCGCCAUCACUGCACACACUGACAAACUCAAAGAAGCCAUGGACUCACAGACUCCUCCAGACGAGAAGUCGGCUCAAUGGAAAGCUCUGAACGAGGCUCUGAGCGAGAGGACCAGAGCCGUGGACGAGGCUGGAGACGCCCUGCUGAAAGCCAAAGGAGAGCUUGAAAGGCUUCGUGAAGUGAUCAACAGCGCAAAACAAGCCAAGAUUGACGCGGCGAGACCUCAGAUCCUGGCCGCUGAGGAGAACCUGCACAGCAUGAUUGUGGAUCUGGACAAAGUAGUGACCAAGGUGCAGACGGCGCAGUCAGAGGCGAAGGUCGUGUCUCAGUACAGUGAGCUGGUGAACGAAGCCAAAGCUCAGUUCCAGCAGGAGCUCGCCAACAUCACACCUGAAAUACAGGCCAACUGGAAGGGACUGUCGGGAAAGCUGAGCGUGGAUGAUCUGAACUCUCUGAUCGCUCACGCGCACCGCCGCAUUGACCAGCUGAACCGUGAGCUGGCGGAGCAGCGGGUGAGGGAGCAGAUCCACAUCGAGACGGCUCUGGAGCAGCAGAAGCUGGAGGAUCGGAAAGCGCUGGAGAAAGCCGUGGUUUCUGCGCUGGAGCACAGCCGCGAGGACAUGAGACUCGAGCAGGAGAAGAAGGUUCAGGAGAUGCGUGAGGUGAUGGAGGCUGAGAUGAGGACACAGCUGCGCCGUCAGGCUGCCGCUCACACGGAUCACCUGCGGGACGUGCUGAAGGUUCAGGAACAGGAGCUGCGCGAGGAGGCGCAGGAGAUCCUGACCAGUAAGAUGAUGGAACAGGAAACUCAUUACCGCAGACUGACUCAAGAACAGCUGGACACCUUCACUCUGGACAUGAACGCCGCUUACGCCCGCCUGAAGGGCAUCGAAGAGGCCAUCGACAGUCAUGUGACUGCAGAGGAAGAGGCCCGUAAGGCUCACCAGUUGUGGCUUUCUGUAGAGGCUCUGAACUACACGCUCAAGUCAGCAGGUGCCGAUUCCCCCACCGAGCCUCUAGAGGGCGCUGUGCGCGCCAUCAAAGAGAGCUGUGCGGAGAACGAGUUCGCGCAGGCAUUGGCCACCGCCAUUCCCGAAGAGUCUCUCAGCCGAGGGAUCUACAGCGAAGCUUUCCUUCGCGCACGUUUCUACGACAUCCGCCGGCUCGCGCGACGCGUGGCGCUCAUCGACGAGACCCGCAACAGCCUUUACCAGUACUUCCUGUCCUACCUGCAGUCCGUCCUUUUGUUUGAGAGGGAGCAAGAAGCGCCACCUGCUAAAUUAGCACCUGAAGAUCUCGACACGUUCAAGCUGCUCGCCUACGCGACUUACAGCAUCGAGCGCGGCGACCUGGAACUAGCCGCGAAGCUAAUCAACCAGCUUCGCGGCGAGUCGCAGCGCGUGGCGCAGGACUGGCUUAAAGAAGCCCGGCUAACCUUAGAAACCAAGCAGGUGAUUAGCCUGCUAUCGGCGUAUGCUAACGCCGUAGGGUUGGGCACCACACAGGCCCCUUAGCCACGCCCACUCUGUGGAGAUUAUGUAAAUUACGAGGAGUGUCAUUCGCCCGCUGUUAACUGAACCUUCCGCUCAGCUGAUUUAAUUUAUAAAUAGAUUGUGUGCUAGCCAAAAAUUUUGUUUUCUUAUCUGUCCGAAGCACUUUCACAGGAAGUUUCUGCCCUUAAAACAGUUCUUAAGUGGCCUACCAUCCAGAACAGACCGUAAGUGUCCCUCGUGUGCGGAAAAACACAUCUCAAGGGUUUUGUUGAUCUUGGCAGUGGCACUCCUCAGUGUAUAUGCUGCACAUCUCACUGUUCAGGAUCAGGUUGAAGGGCCUGCGGGUCAAAACCACUGAUGGCAGCGGGACACUAACCUGUUCACCGUUUCACAUGUAACGCUUCAGUUUCAAAGUUGUCUAUUAACCCAGACUGUUAAGAAUAUUCAGUCCUGCUCUCAUUCACUAUUGGAGAUCAAUAAAUCAUGGUUGUUGACGAGAA